UCCGACUCUGCAGGUGGCGCACGUGGUCUGUUGUUUACUUCUUCUAGGAACGGUGGAAGUUCCGCCAGAGACGAGCGGGGAUUGUGAAACUGGAUAAAGUUAGUCAGCAUUUGGAAGAAGACAGAGCCGCGGAAACGCCGGGAAGAUGUCAAAGUGAACACGGUUCCUGAAGCGGUUUUAAUUCAGACGGACCCUCAACCAUUAACACAAGAAUGAUCCAGCUUGGAAACUUGUUCCCUCAUUUCCAAUUCUCCUCCAAAGCUCCGGAAAGUGCCCCAAGCCAAAGCCCAAAGCAGCUGCCAACACUGUCUGAGUUGUUACAGCAUGUCAUUAAACUCACCGGACUGAGGAGGGAAGAUGUUUAUAGCAACCUUCGAAUUCCUGACCAGUUUCAAGCCGCCAAAGAUGACAUCAGUAUUGUCAUUCUCACAGGCCAAGGAGUCUUCUGUAUAGAUGUAAAACCCUGGAAAGGGAGCGUGUCUGCUCACAACAAAGUCUGGCAUGUACAAGUUAAAGGAGAGGACCAGAACUUCACCAAUACCUGCAUUGAGCAGAUGGAUGAUCCCCUUAAAGCAAUAACGACCAAAACAACUCAUUUAUGCAGUCAUCUGAAGAGGAGUGGAGUGGCUGUUCGCAGCAGUCUCUUCUUCCCGAGGGUCAUCUUCCUCUCCCCAGACUGCAGGCUGGAUGAAGAGCUGAUGAAGAGGAGGGAGCUGGUCUCUCACAGCCAGAUAGACGACUUCCUCAGGUCGUUCAGGGAGGGCUAUGUGGCCUGGAUGACUGAUGCUGUCACCCCCUCCUGGAUUUCAGGUCAUCUGUCAUACAGGCAGAUGGAGUCGGUGCGGGAGGUCCUUCGGAGGGUGGGAACGUGGGAUAUGGUGCAGCUGCAGUGUGGAGAGCAGCUGAAAGGUGACUAUCAUGGCUGCCAGUUCAUCGCCCUGGACCGCCAGGAAACCGACACACUGGAGUUUUCUAGAGUCAAGACGCUGUCAGCUGAUUCGCUCUGGUUUCUGCUAGGCCACGUUCCCCAGGUAACAGUUAAAAUGUACAAGCGUGGCUCUCACAGCUGGCUGGGUAAAUCGCUGAAUGCCACCGCCACCAUCCCGUCCAACACCAUUGUGAUGUUCAGGAUCAACGGAGAGGAGUUUGACGCCAAAAUCCCAGCAAACACCAUCCACAGCAUCACCCUCAGCAUCUGAUAGGUGAUGAUUAAUGGGAGACUUCAAGUUUUACAAGAAAAACACAAACGCCUAUCAGUUAGUGUGAUUUGAUGCAACAUUACAAAUAUCACGAUCAAGCUUUGAGAGGAAAAAAGCCAUUUUUAUGAUUAUUCUUUCCAACAAUCUGUUAAUGUCCUCGCUAAUUAGCCUGAUCAAUUCAGUCAUGUUUUGAAUUUCUAGAGCUGGCCCACACUUUAGUUGAUCUAUUAAUGAAUCAUUAAUCCAGCUGAUUGUGUUGCAUCAAUUCAAGCCACGAGUGUUUAAUGUGUUAAUUGCAGCGGUUAAAAUCGGGUGGCCUGUGGAGUGACGAGGAUUGCUGCUUCUGUGGGUUUAAUGGGAAGUUAUUUACAGGCUGUUUAGAGAGUGCAGCCAUAAGGUGAUUUAUUAACAGGCUGCACAGCACAGGCUCAGCUAACAGCUUGCAAUUGUAUUUAGUGAGCAUGGUGGUAGCCAAAAUGAAGUUAUUUCCAUCAGGAUAUCAGUGCCUUUAGCUAACAAAAUAAAAACAGCUCUAUCUCUCUA